AUGAUUAUUAAUAAUAAGGAAACUUAUAAACCUGGCUUUUGUUGUCUUUGUGAUGGUAUUGAUUCUGAAAUUCAACUAAAUUCUACUGCUGCGAUUAACAACACAUAUAACCAAAUCCUUAAUAAUAAAACAAAAUAUUCAGAAAUAGUUGUUUUGAGUUUUGAUGAUGAAAUAAUUAUUCAUGAAUUAGUAGAAGAUAUUUUAUUUUUUUCAAUUUUUAUUCAUUUAGAUCAUUUUUUAAUUGUAGUUAGUCAAAUUGGUAUUUCAUCUUGUGAAUGCUAUUAUGAUGCUAUUCCAGGGUAUCUUUCUACAUUUAUGACAAAAUUUCGAGGAAAACAAUCACUUUUUGUACAAUCUAUAAAAGAUAAAUGUUAUUUAGACAUUUAUGAUAAAGAUUUUAUUAAUAAAUACCAUAAUGAAGAGAUUACUUCUAAUGAAAUCUGGAAAACUAUUCAAAUUCUUAAAAAAUAUGAUGGGGCGGAGUUAUUUGGAAUUACCAAUUCAUAUGUUCAAAAAGAAUUAUGCAAGUUGAAAAAGAAUUCAAUUAUGUGUAUGAGUAAUCAAUAG